UUUCUUCAAUUGGGUUACAUUGAGAUUCAGACCCUGAAUCCCUACCUGCUCUGAUGUACUACGUUGAAUUGUGAAAUCAUAUGUGACACCCAAUUUAAGAGAAGGAGUUUCAUAUCAGCAAAACACAAGAGGGAUACUGGGUAUAUAAGUAAGCAGGCCUUACUCUAGUGAUGCGUUUUAAAGCCGUGCAGAUCUAGGCCCGGAGCGGACAAUAUUACUAGUGGAGUUGGAAAGUUACAGGGGUCUUUCGGGCCUUGAUGGUUCGGGAUGCCCGUCGCGGCCAAGGCUUCGGCUCGGGUCGUGACCUGAAUGGCAGAGCCGCUUCUGUAUCAGCCAUGAGAAGUUACAGAGGUCUCUCGGGCCUUGAUGGUUCGGGACGCCCGUCCCGACUAAGGCUUCAGCUCGGGUCAUGACCUGAAUGGUAUCAAAGCCGCUCCUGUAUCAGCCCUGGAAAGUUACAGGGAUCUCUCGGGCCUUGAUGGUUCGGAAUGUCCGUCGCGUCUAGGCUUCGGCUCGGGUCGUGACCUGAAUGCUAUCAGAGCCGCUCCUGUGUCAGCCCUGUUGAUGUGGGCUAGAGUUCAAACGGCAAAUCCCGAUAAAGUGGGGCAAAUCGCAGUCCUAAUGUCUAGGCAAAUCUCAUUCUGGGGGCAAACUUGAGUUCAUAAGAGGGAUGCUGGGGUCUCUCGGAUCUUGGUGGUUCGGGAUGCCCGUCGCGGCUGGGGCUUCGGCUCAGGUCGUGAGAUCAUAUUUUUGCCUUCAGCAAUACAAACAAGCUUUUCAAAGACAUUUUAAGUUUACUACCCAAGUGGUCACUCAACUCACCGCAUUUUGGCCAUCUCUCACUAGCCGUGAUCCCAAAGAAAUGUGGAGGGAAGCUUGGAAGACUUAUGGAACAUGUCUAGUAACACCAAAGUUGAAAGGUCCAACACAAUAUUUCAAUAGGGCUAUAAGAUUGUCAGAUGAAAUUGGAAAUUUGUUAGAAAAACACUUAAUACAAUCAGAUGGAAUUGUCCCUUGUGACUCUGCUACGUACACCAAUGUUGAAAUCUUGAAUUCACUCAAAACAGUUACAACAGUCAACAACCAAAACGAGAAGGAAGUGUCAUUCACUUGCGCAGACAUUAAUGCAACUCAUGCUUAUUUGAAUCAAGUUACAUUUUGCUACAACAAAGAUGCAAAGGAUUUUGAAGAUUGUCCAACUAGCAACCGUUGUCGUGUUGAAAAUAUUAUUGUUCCUCGUCCUUCACCUCCAACUACUCGACCUUCAUCUCUACAGACUCUUCAAACUGGAGAAAAGCUUCAACAAAUAAUUUAAUAUCUAUGUUAGGCUUUGUAAGAAAGUUUACUAAGUAUGUGUGUGUUGAAUAAUGAAGCAGUGAUCAUAUUUCUAUUU